GCAGAGUACUAAUGCCAUACCCUCUCUCCUGCUGCUGCUGCUGCUGCUGCCGCUGCCAACAAUAACAUAGCUCUAUCUAUCUACUUAGCCAUUGAUCGAAUCAAUGCCUGACAACAACACUACCUCCUCCCGGCCAGUAAAAGGCCGCCACCCCUUCUCGUCUCUCCGGUCCCUUUUCACCUCUGCCGGCAAACAGGACAAGCCUUUUACUACUCCGACUGGUCUCUCCGAGCAUCUACUACCCAACACCACCAACAAUACUACUAUUACCCACCAACCAGGCUCACCACCACAACCACCAUCACAACAACCAGACAUAUUCGCCUUUGAAAUAUCCAAACCACCACUACCAAAUUCACAUCCAGAACCGGAAACACCCUCAGAAAAAGACACCGCCUCUUUCAUCUGGGAAGACAUCACCCCCCCAGCCGAGUACUACCUAACCGACAAGACAACACCACCGUCACCACCCCCAACUUACACAUACUCCCAACAAAAACAACAACCACCACAAGACAAAGAACAGGAUUCCACCAUGAUCGACACCACCACCAGAUCAAGCCCCGUCUCCUCCCUCCCAGGUUACAACGACGUCAGCGGCGCCGUCAUCGUCGACUACGACGGCUUCCCGCACUUCCUCUCCCCCCAGGAAGAAGAAGAAAGGAAAAUGAAACUUCAGCGCGCUGUCCAGGAGAAGAUGCUGGGCUUGCCGAGACAGACUAGCUUCGAAUGGGAGAGGCCUCUGUCUGGUGGGUCGGCGGCGGGGUGGUUACCGAGGUAUACACCUUCGAAUAAGGGGGCGCAGCGGUGAUGCCUACCUCGAUAUUGUUUUAUUAUUUAGUUCAGGGGGUGUAUGUUUGUCGAUGGUCGUCUGUUGAUGGAUCGACUUACAUACAUACAUGCCUACCUGCUGCUUUGCGCUUUGCGCUUUGUGCUCGAUAGGGUCCCGGGGAUUUCCCGUGGAUGAGGAUAUAUCCGGGAGGGUAUGGAUACUCCAUAACCUUACCCGAUCGCGCUCUAGCGAAGCAUUUACGAUUUAUGAAUUAUGACCGAUACGACAACCGGGAGAGAGAAGCGA